ACUGAUAACCUUAAAAAUAAGGUUCAAAUAUGUAAUUAUAGAUAAAUUUUAAUUUUUAUUAUUUUAGUGCUAAGAAAUGGCACCGACUGUUAAACAAAGGACUUUAAUGCAAAAUAAAAAUGAAAAGAACAAGAAAAAGGAACCUAAGAAGUUAAGCAGAAAAUCCGGCAGAGUGCAAAUAAAGGAUUCAUCAGAUGCAAAUAUUCAGCAAGCUAUUCUUUAUCCUGAAGUAAGCACUGCAUUUAAAGCACUUCUCUCUGCUCGAUUUUGUGCAGCGAUAUGGUCAAAUAUAUCAGAUUGCGAUGAAACUUUUAAUUAUUGGGAGCCUACACAUUAUCUACUCUUUGGACGAGGUCUACAGACAUGGGAAUACAGCCCAGAGUUUGGAUUGAGAUCCUAUUUUUAUUUAUUGUUGUGUGGGAUGCCAGCUUGGCUGUAUGAAAAAUUAUUCAAACCAAAUCCUAUGUUAAUUUUUUAUUUGCUGAGAUGUAUUUUUGGAUUCGUUUGUGCUCUGACUGAAGUUUACUUUUAUAAGGCAGUUUCUCGUGAAUUUGGAGUACAUGUAUCAAGGCUUUGGCUUUGUUUCCAAUUGUUUAGUGCAGGAAUGUUUAUAUCAAGUACAGCAUUUCUUCCAAGCACUUUUUCAAUGUAUCUAGUGAAUUUGGCCAUGGCUUGUUGGUGGCAUAGGCAAUUCAAAAUAGCUGUCUUUAGUAUAGCUGUUGCAUCAUUAAUAGGUUGGCCAUUUACUGCUGUACUUGGAUUGCCAAUAGUAGUUGAUAUGGUUAUACGACAAGGAAUGCUUAAAGAAUUUAUGAAGUAUGCUAUUGUGUCAGGGAUUAUUGUAAUAUUACCUAUGAUAGCAAUAGAUUCACAUUAUUAUGGUCGUUUAAUGAUUGCACCUUUUAACAUUAUAUUUUAUAAUGUAUUUACAUCUCAUGGACCUAAUUUAUAUGGUGUUGAGCCGUUUUCAUAUUACAUUAUAAAUGGAUUUUUAAAUUUUAAUUUCAUAUGGGUCUUAGCAUUGCUUGCUCCAUUAAUAUUAAUUUAUGCCUACUUCCUAGUGCCUGCAAAAGUGUCAUCAACUCUUUGUGUGCCUCAUUAUCUCAGUUUAGGGCCAUUAUUUAUAUGGUUAAUGAUAUUCUUUGCGCAACCACAUAAAGAGGAAAGAUUUCUCUUUCCAAUAUAUCCAUUAAUUUCUUUAUGUGGUGCAAUUAGUGUUGAUGGCAUUCAAAAAUUAUGGUAUCGAUUCUUAUGCGCUAUAGCAAAAACUUCUAAGUCAUUUGGCCAUUAUUUGGAAUAUACUAAUUUUAUGACAAUCGGAGUUAUUUUAUUGACAAGCUUGAUAGGUAUUUCUAGAAUUCUGACUUUAUUUAAUAGCUACCAUGCUCCAAUGGAUUUGAUGAUGGAAAUUAAUCGUUUACCAAAUGACUACAAUUUGAAAUCUGAUAUAACAUAUAAUCUAUGUGUUGGUAAGGACUGGUAUAGGUAUCCAACAAGCUUUUUCUUUCCAAAUAAAAAUUUCAAAUUGCGUUUUUUAAAAUCAAAAUUUGAUGGUAUGUUGCCAGCAUACUACUCUGAGGAAUAUAACGGUACUAAAAUAAUUCAUUCAUAUUUUAAUGAUAAAAAUCAAGAAGCUACAGAAUUAUAUUUCGAUAUAAACAAAUGUCAUUUCUUGCUAGAUUUGAAUACUGAAACAGAUUCUGAUUUGGAGCCAAAUUAUGCAUUAAAUACUAAAGAUUGGAAUGUAUUGAAAAGCUUCCCAUUCUUAAAUAAUCAAAAAUCACAUUCACUUUUUAGAGCAUUUUUUAUUCCGUUUUUGGGAAGUAAUUAUUUAGAAUAUGGUGAAUUUAAUCUACUAUUAAGUACAAAAUUUAGAAGCCUUGAUAACAGUAAAGGUAAAAGUUCAUCAAUCGAAAGAAAAGCUGCGCGUACUGAUAAUAAUAUCUCAAAAUCUACUCACACUGAUGAUGCCAUGGAUAAUGAGAGAAAGGCCACAAAAAGCAAUGAUGAUGUAAGAAAUACAAAGGAGAGUAAAUAUGAAUAUGAGAGUGAUGAAAACAAAUCAAAUGAUAAAACUGAAAGCAAUAAACUCAAAAGUUCUAGUGGAAAAAAGGCUGAAUACAAUACAAAGAAUAAUAUAUUAGAGAAAAAUGACACUUGUAAUGAAAAAAAUGGAAAAACAAAAAUGAAAAAAUCAGAUGACUUAAAUGAAACUUGCACUAGUGGCAAUGACAAUGAUAAAAAUGACAAAAGUACAGAUUUAUUAAGCGAUUUGAGCCUGGAAUUGAUAGAAUGUAACGAAAAUAAAAAUUAUGAAAAUGAUUUCAAGCACAAAUCAAAAAAAUUAAAACGACCUAAACACAGUAAGAAACACAAGAAGAAAAAACUUGAUUUAAGUGAAGGUGAGCUUACACCCUCUGAUAAUGAUAAUGAUCUAGAAAUGUAUAAAAGAUUUUCUUCUACUGAAAAGAAUAUAUAUGAUCAAGAAUCCAGUUCUAGGGAUCUCAUAGGACCAAUGAUUCCUCCAGAAUUCAGAAAAACUAUAGAAAAUACAGAAACUAAAAAUAUUAUAGAAAUAUCAGAUUCUGGUCAAAUUAGUUCAGAUGAUGAUACUUAUGGACCAUUGCCAACAUCAAGUACUAAGAUGACAAAAGCACAUUAUGAAUUAGAAAAAAGAGCUCUUGAAAUAAAAAUGGAUAAGAUGAAGGAAUCAGAUGCACCUGAUGAAAAAUUGAGAGAAGAAUGGAUGAUUGAGCUACCCGAUUCAAAAAGCCGACAUUUAGGCUUAGGGCCACGGAAAUUUAGAGCACGAGAAGGUCCAGAUAUGAGCGACAGAUCAAUAUGGACUGAUACACCCCAAAAUAAAGCAAAAUCAAGAGGUGAGACAGAAAGUGAAACUAGCAGACGAAUUGCAGAUGAAGCAGAUAGAUUAAGAAUCCAGGAGAAAGACACCCAACAAGAAAAAAUUGUGAAGAAAUUAAAAAAGAAACAUAAGCGAAAUGAAUCUUUACUUGAAAUACACGAAAGAAAAAUGAGGAAAAAGAAAAAGAAAGAAAAAGAAGCAGGAAUGAGUUCAGAACGAAGAAGAUUUGAUCGCAAUAUUGAUUUAGGUGUUAAUAGAUUUGAUGAAGCACAGAAAAAAACUAUAAUAAAAAAAGCACAGUUGUUGGAUACGCGAUUUUCGAGAGGAGAAUCUAAAUAUCUAUGA